AACAAACACUUAUAAAGAACAUCAAUAAUUUGUUGACAAAUUAUAUCGAAGCACUAGAAAAUAUAAAAUUACGUGCAGGUCUUGAAAUAGCCAUGGAGAUUUCACGACAGGGCAACGGUUAUCUGCAGGAAUCAAAACUCGAUAAUACUUUCCUGAGAAUGCGCUUCGGUCGUUGGAGUCUCGAUAAAUUUGAUUUAUCUCCUUUCCGCCCUGGCUAUCAAAUCGGCAAAGCCGAAUAUCUUUUCAAGAGGAUUGAUGAAAAAAUGACAGAAGAAUUUAGUAAAAAAUUUGCUGGUGAAUCUAGGGACGACAAAAAAAACAACAAAAAAGCGUCUAAGACUGCUAAUAAUGUAAUAGCAACUGUUGUUCUAAAAGCUGAUUAA